UAGUUUUUUCGGUAUACAACGAUACAGCAGUGGUACAUAACAUACAAAUAUAUUGUCUCGGAACAAUCAUCUUUCAAUUCGGAAAUCAAUUUUGAAAAUUUCCAAUCAAUUGUGAAAAAAUGGUCUCAUCAAUCGCUGUUAUCGCUGCCGGCUCUCUGCAAUUGAUACUGCGCGUCUCAUUCUUCAUUGAGCAGAAAGCAGGCGUCGCAAAUUCUUCAACACCUUCAUUGGCCAGUUGGCUUUUUGUGAUAGCCAUUUUGGAUAUACUUCUGGAUAUCUCCAUCUUUCCGCUGCGUUAUCGGCAUUUGCCUUUCGCAUUUCAACUGGCAGUGGAGACUAUCUUUUCGGUGCUUAUGAUUGAAUUUAGUGCCAUGAUUUUGUGGUCCACCAUUGAGAACAUCUGCUGUAAAAUGUGCAAAUACUUGGCGAUUGUGGCCGAAAUGCCCCCAAAUGUCUAUUUGGAAUGGGAGAGAUGUAUACUGGGAUUCACUACAACGAGCAUGGCAUUUACCGUACUCCUAUUGACCUUAUAUGCAACCGAUCACCAUUUUAUAGUCUACAGAAAAUCAAAGAGGGCAUUUCGCAAAGCUUUUCGAUACAUGGGUCAAUUGUGGCAAAGUGGUGUAGAAAUAAUAUCCAAGAGAAGAGGUGGUGGUGGUGAUAUGAACAAUUUAAGCCAUCCAAUCGUUGAGCUAUGGCAUAACAGUAAUCAACGGCCCUAUGAACGACAUUAUGAUCAGGAAGAAGUGUUGCAUAAUAAGACAUUUAAUACACGCAGCCGAAGUCAGAAACGCAGACGCCGCAGUUCAAGCAGAAAUAAAAAAUAAUUGGAGAAAAAUUAUUUUUGUUAUUAUAUCUGAAUCAAUUUAAUUAAAACAAUCAUUGUAUAUUUCUUAUAUAUAAAAUUCAA